CUGAUCUUUAAUAAUGGUUGCGAAGCGAAAUGGGUGUUGGGCUAAAAUGACCGAUCUGAAGCGAACCAAAAAACCACAUAACCGACGCCAACAGCAUGGCCAUGAGAGAAGAAAUGAAACUGUUAGUUAGUGGUAUUGAGUGAGUGAGGGAAAGCGCAUUCAUUCAUUCUUCAUUUAUACAUUGCGAGUAACGUUUUGCAAAAGGAACGGUUCCGUAAGUAAGCAAUUAUUAUAUAAGAGAGCGGUUGGUGUGUCGUCUUCUAUGCUACCUCUCUCUUGCCUCUCCAGGAGGGAAAAGAGAGUGUUGCACACAUAGCCAACAAGUUAGACCUUUGUAUCUAGAUUUCCAAAUCUCUUUCUGGGUUUCUUAGAUUUAGGCUCUCAUUCAGUUUUUCUUCUUGAAUUUUCCUUUUUCUUUUUUUUCUUUUUUACCAAUUAUUUUUAUGGGAAUUAGCUUAGUGGAAGAAUAAGAAGAACAAAAAAUGUCUGUGAAGAGCAGAGGAUGGGGAGCAGGAGAGGUAGCCACGAGGAAUGUUAUAGCAAGGAAGUGGGCUCUUUUGCUAUGCUUAGGCAGCUUCUGUGCUGGAAUGUUCUUCACAAACAGGAUGUGGACAGCACCUGAAGCUAAAGAUGUUGCAGAAACAUCUAAAAUUGGAGAUAAACUGAUAAACUUAAAAUCAGAGGAUUGUAAUCCAAAACUUCGUACAUCCAAUGGCAGUCUAGAGGAAGUUUCUAAUACUCAACAUGUCAUUAAGAUGCUAAAUAAGACAGUUUCAGAUUUAGAGACGAAGUUAGCUGCUGCUAGGGGUGUGCAUGAAUCUUUAAAUAAUGAUAAUCCUGUAUCAGGAAACUUGAAGACUAUUAAUCAACCUUCAAGAAGAAAAUACUUUAUGGUUAUAGGAAUUAAUACAGCUUUUAGUAGCCGAAAACGAAGAGAUUCAGUUCGUAUGACUUGGAUGCCACAAGGUGAAAAUGCAAAGAAAUUGGAGGAAGAGAAGGGAAUAGUCAUACGCUUUGUUAUAGGCCACAGUUCAACAUCUGGUGGCAUUCUUGAUAAAGCGAUUGAAGCAGAGGAGCUCAUGCACAGGGACUUCCUGAGGCUGGACCAUGUAGAAGGUUACAUGGAAUUAUCAGCCAAGACAAAGACCUAUUUUUCUACUGCUGUUGCUCUAUGGGAUGCGGAUUUUUACGUCAAAGUUGAUGAUGAUGUUCAUGUUAAUUUAGCAACACUUGGAAUGACUCUAGCUCGGCAUCGUAUGAAACCUCGUGUGUACAUUGGUUGCAUGAAGUCUGGUCCAGUCCUUGCUCGAAAGGGAGUGAGGUACCAUGAACCAGAGUAUUGGAAAUUUGGUGAGGUGGGAAACAAAUAUUUUCGUCAUGCAACAGGACAGUUGUAUGCUAUCUCAAAGGACUUAGCCACAUAUAUAUCUAUAAACCAGCAUGUACUGCACAAGUAUGCCAAUGAGGAUGUUUCAUUGGGAUCUUGGUUUAUUGGUUUAGAUGUAGAGCAUGUGGAUGAUAAGAGAAUUUGUUGCGGUACCCCACCUGAUUGUGAGUGGAAGGCUCAGGCAGGCAACAUCUGUGUGGCUACGUUUGAUUGGCGAUGCAGCGGGAUUUGCAGGUCUGUUGAGAGGAUUAUGGAAGUUCACCAGCGCUGUGGUGAAGAUAAGAACGCUUUAUGGCGUGCAAGCUUCUGAGUGACAGAAAGUUGUCCUUCCCGACUCAGGAAGGAUUUACAUAUAUAUAUAUAUAUAUAUAUACACCUUGGAAGAGCUAAUCUAAGCACGUAUAGAUAUAUAAGGAUGGUUGUUUCUUCGGCCUUGGUUUUGAUGGAUGAGUAUAGAGAUGUUUGUACCACUAAUAUAUAGUGAAGAAGAGGAUGCCACAUAGCAUUAAUAAGAGACUUUUUGACACCCCCAUUCUUUACACCGUGGGGAGCUAUAUUAUGAGUUCUCCACUCUGCUCAAUAAUAAACAGUAGUAUUUAUGACAGCAAUUGCUGCUUUAUCCUAAUAAAUUAAUCUUUCUCCCUCUAUAUACAAA